AUGGCCCCUGCAAAGAAGGGUGGUGAGAAGAAAGGCCAUUCUGGCAUCAACGAAGUAGUGACCAGAGAGUACACCAUCAACAUUCACAAGCGCAUCCAUGGAGAGGGAUUUAAGAAAAAAAAAAAGAAGUGUGCUCCUUGGGCACUAAAGGAUAUCUGGAAAUUUGCCAUGAAGGAGAUGGGAGCACCAGAUGUUCUCACUGACACCAGGCUUAACAAAACUGUCUGGGCCACAGAAAUAAGGAAUGUCCCAUACCACAUCUACGGAUGGUUGUCCAUAAAACAUAAUGAGGAUGAAGAUUCCCCCAAAAAGCUGUAUACACUGCUUACCUACGUAUGGGUCAACACUUCCAAAAAUCUACAGACUGUCAAUGCGGAGGAAAACUAA